GCGCAAGCUACACGUGCAGUCGUAGCCAGCUAUGGGUACGGGCUACGGUUGGCUAGUACUAUGAAUGGUUCCAGAGUGCAGUGACGUACACAAUAAUUGUAAACAUGUUCGUAGGCCUACACCCCCACGAUACCUGUCAUUCCAUUUUCGGCACAAUACUUUGUAUAUCUCGUGGUCAAGUCCAACGCUGUUCUCUUCUUUAACAUACCAUUCUCUUUGGCGGCAUUUUGCAUAUUGUGGAGGACAAGCAACAGAAUUGACGAUGGCAGAUAAUUUAUCCAAGUUAUCAUGGGUGAUGUGGAUGGUUUUAUUGACUCAUCUUGUGGAAUUUCAUCUGUCAUCUUCAACAGUAGCUCAUCAAAUGCAAGAUGUUGCAUGCAAAAGAAAAUACUUCCCACUUACGACCUCGUAUGUCUGUGAGUGUAGUGCUACCUAUUGUGAUACCAUCCAAAGAGUUGAGGACAUCCCAGCAAAUUCUUUUGUUUGUGUUACCAGCACUAAAGAUGAACAAAGGUUUACCAAGUCUCAAUAUCCCAUUGCAUCCAAGCCCAACAUCACAGACAAACAAAUGGUGCUGACUGUAAAUUCCUCUGAAGAAUAUCAGAGAACUGUGGGGUUUGGUGGAGCCUUCACUGACUCAGCAACUAUGAACAUCUUGAAUGUAUCAAGCAAGGUUCAAGAAAAUCUACUCAGGUCUUACUACUCUGUGGAAGGAAUUGAGUACACCACUGGUCGCAUUCCUAUGGCCAGCUGUGACUUCUCACUUCGUGAAUACUCGUACGAUGCUGUCCCCAAUGAUUUUGCUCUGCACAACUUUUCUCUAGCAGAGGAAGAUACUAAAUUCAAGAUUCCUGUUAUUCUGCGUUCCUUAGCCAUGGCUAAGAGAGAGGUGAAGCUAUUUGCAGCUCCUUGGUCAGCACCUGCCUGGAUGAAAACAAAUGGCAAAAUGAAUGGGAAAGGUCAGCUAAAGGGCAAGGCUGGUGAUAAGUACCACAAGACCUGGGCUAACUACUUUGUCAGGUUUCUGGAUGAGUACAAGAAGCAUAACCUGAGCAUGUGGGGCGUAUCUGUGGAGAAUGAACCCUCCGCAGGAGGCACUGAUAACAAAUGGCAGGCUAUGUACUACAAUCCAGAGAUGGAGAAAGAUUUUAUCAAGAUGGACCUUGGACCAGCUCUACAUCAGGCUGGCUAUGGCAAUGUCAAGUUGAUGAUACUAGAUGAUCAGAGACUUUUUGUUCCAGAUUUUGUUAAACAGGUGUUAUCCGAUGCAGAAGCUGCUAAGUAUGUGUCAGGAAUAGCUGUUCAUUGGUACUUUGACUUCUUUUUUGACUUUGCGUCUCGCUUGACUGCGACUCACAACAUGUUUCCAGACAUGUUUCUGCUUGCUACUGAAGCCAGCAAUGGUUACUUGCCUGAUUCUCCAGCUGUUGUUUUAGGCAGUUGGGAGAGAGGAGAAGCAUACAGUCAUGACAUCAUACAGGACUUGAAUAACUGGGUCACAGGAUGGACUGACUGGAAUCUAGCUCUGAAUAUGCAAGGAGGACCUAACUGGGCCAAGAAUGAAGUUGACAGCCCCAUCAUAGUGGAUGCAGACAAUGAUGUCUUCUACAAACAGCCAAUGUUUUAUCACCUAGGUCAUUUCAGCAAGUUCAUUCCCCCAGGUUCUGUGCAUAUUGGAAUGACCAAGUCAAAGGACAACGACCUUGAGAGUAUUGCCUUUAAAAUCCCUGAUGGUAAUACACUCGCAGCAGUCAUUUUAAAUAGGUUUGAUGAAACUAAAAAUCUCAGCAUCUAUGAUGCAUCUGUUGGUUACAUCAAUGCCCAAGUGCCAGCACGCUCCAUCCAGACAUACUUAUGGACAUCAGGAAAGUCAUCCUAGUUGGUUUCUGCUCAAACCACCAACCCAGGCUGUACAAAUCAGUAUUUGAACAAAGUGCCUAAUUGAAGCAGGUUAGAGUGUGUGAUGAUGUUGGUGCAGUUCCCUGAGAUUUUUGAGCUUGCAGAUAUAGGUACAUACUUCCAGUUAAUGUCAGGUUUUCUUGCCCAAAAAAGCUGCUGGGUCCGUAUCGUGAUAUGUUGUUGAAAAGGAAAAGCAUGUAAGAUCACUCAAAUGACUUUCAUAUGGAUCGCUUUGAUACUGUGCUACCCAUAGGAUGACUGUUAGUCACUCGUAUGCAUGGCAAAACAAAAUGAAGUUCCAGUACAGAAAACAACUCACCUCUGGUUACCCACAUUGGCAUAUCAGGGUGCAUGUGCAACAAACCUUCCUGAAAAAGUCACCCAAGCCACACCCACUGCAUGUACCCAUACAAAAGGCUGUGCAACCCUAAGAUAUCGUCCUAGUGUUUUUUUCAGCAACGCCUGCAGUCCAUAUC